AUGACCCUUUUUGCAUCACCUAUACAGCUAUCACGCCGAGAUAUCUCCUCUGAGCUACUGGAUGACUUCAAACUGUUUGCCCAAUUCGCAGCAUUAGCCGCCUGUGACCAGAACAUCAACUCCACUGGCAAUAAGCUGACUUGCGAUUAUGGACUUUGCGGACUCGUAGAGGCCGACGAUACUGAGACUAUCGAUGCCUUCCACAACAGUACCGCUGCUACAGGCUACGUAGCCUUGGAUCACACCAAGAAGCUGAUCCUUCUUACCUUCCGUGGGACCAUAACUAAGCACGAUGGAGACACCGACUUCCAAUUUUUAUACACUUCUAUUGAGGAUGUUUGUCCUGGAUGCAAGGCUCACUCGGGAUUCUGGACUUACUGGAAGAGUGCAGAAGAGCGUGCCAUUGUCCAGCUUCAGAAAGCUACCAAGUCGCACCCAGACUAUGGCGUGGCUGUAGUUGGACAUAGUCUUGGUGGCGCUGUUGCGACUCUUGCAGGGACUGUUCUCCGCCAGAAGGGGUUUACUUUGGAUAUUUGGACGUUCGGCGGACCGAAAGUCGGAAACAAAAAAUUGGCCGAGUUCAUUACCAACCAAAGAGCUCCAGUGAGCGUAUAUCGUGCCACCCAUGCCUCAGAUAUAGUGCCGAGACUGCCACUCACUGGGAUCAUAUUUGAUUACAGCCAACCUUCUCCAGAAUACUGGAUCAAUCAACCAACUGGCGAUCAGGUCACCACUGACGUUGUUAAAUAUAUUGAAGGGAUCAACAGCAUUGAGGGCAAUGCCGGCCAGAGUGGGAUUCGCUGGCCUGAUCCAAACCACGGAUGGUAUUUUGGGAACAUGAGCAUCUGUCUCCCCCCUGCUGAUAAACCUGCGGACUAA